CAGGUAUUCCUGCCAGCCCACCAGCUCACCAGUUACUGAUUCCAGUGAGACAUCACAGGGGGGUUGGGCCGGCGAUUUUCAGGUUUUGGGCAUGCUGAGCAGAAGGAACCCGCGCCCGAACCAAUCGCCCAGAGAGGCUUCUAGUGGCAAUCUCGAGCCGCUACAACAGGCGGCAGUCGGGUCUGGCCGAUUGUGUGUGUGGUUAUCAUUUUCUCUCCUAGUAGAAGCCAGCACAAUAACCUCCAGCAUCAAUCGAGCAGACCCAGCGUUGCACCGCAGUCACACCCGUACUACGCAACCAAACCAUCAAGUAUCCGCUCGCAGGUUUUGUCGGCCAUGAGCAUCGAGGAGGUCGCACCGCGCCUCCGGGUGGCCGGGCAGUUUGCACUGUACAUCCUGUUCAACUUCGUCACGCUCCUCCUCGAGGUCCCGAUCGUGCGACUGCUGGAGCACGCCAUCUGCUACCGCCGCUUGGGCGGCGACGGUGCCGUCGACGAGAGAAACUGCAAGAUACCGGCCGUGCAGGACAGCCUCGCCAGCAUCACCGGGUGGAAGAUGUUCUUCGACGCGGUCCCGGGCCUCGUCAUGGCUGUGUACUACGGCUCGCUCGCCGACCGGUCCGGCCGCCGCAUUGUGCUGGCCCUCUCCGCCGCAGGAUACACGUUGAUGUUGGGGUGGGUCGUUGUCAUUUGUUCACUGCCAAAUAUAUAUCCCGUGUCGCUUGUUUGGGUGUCUUCUCUUCUCUUCUUCAUCGGUGGCGGCCAGCGUAUCUUCAACUCCAUUGUCUUCACUCUGAUAUCUGACUCGCUGGACGAGAGCAAGCGGGCGAGGCGCCUGUUCCUCCUAGCUGUUGGGCCUCACACCUGCCGGCUCAUCAGUCCUGUCAUCGCCUCUGUUUUGAUGGAGGUGAGCAUCCGGGCGCCAUUCUGGCUCGCCUUCAGCUGCCUCGCGCUCAUUUUCGCCAUUAUUCCCUUUGUAGAGGACGCCUCUGUGCGUCGGGGAACGCGGUAUACGAGAAUAGAAGCCUCAUCAGAGGUCGCCACGUCCGAUGGCGACGCGGAGCCGGGCGAAUCCACCACGGGCCGCCGCUUCGCGCAGCCCAACAUUCGCAGCUGGUGUGGCUCGCUCAUGACUGGCGCCAAGCAUGUGGCCAUGUCCAUAUAUGAACUUUUCAACACCCCGGCCGGGUGGUUCUGCCUCGCGAGCUUCUUCCUAAAAAGAGUCGCAUUUGCGAGCGAGGGGUUUGCUUUCCAGUACGCCUCGGAAAAGUUCGGCUGGGAGCUGAGGCAGACCACGUGGCUGCGAACCGCGUCGGCCGCGGGUGCCGUUGUGGUCACCCUUGCCGUCGGGCCUAUAGUCGGCCUCAUCCUCCGCAGGCGAGAGGUGCCUGCCGCUGUUGUUGAUCUCAACACUAUCCGAUCAUCUCUCGCCAUGCUCAUUGUCUCUUUCUUUGCCGCCUGGAAAGCCCCAUCUAUGGAGAUUCUUAUCGUUGCAAUGGUGGGAUGUGGACUCGGUGAAGCCUUGGAGCCGGCGCUGCAGGCCUUUGCGCUUGCCUCGACCGACUCUUCUAGGAACGCUCAACUAUUCACGACCAUAGCUCAGUGUGACACACUCGCGGAGCUUGUUGGUGGUCCCUUGAUGGCUGCGCUGCUAUCCAUUGGGCGAGGGAAAGGCCAUCCGUCUGCUGGCAUCAAUUUCAUCGCCUCAUCGUCUAUCUUUAUGGUGCUUUUGGGCUCCUCUUUGCUAUCUAAUAUUAAUCGCUAGGGGGGCUGUGCUAUGAGGCGAGAUGUCUAGAAGGGAAGCUAUGCAGAAAUGGGAAAGGAUUACAUAUUGGACGAAAGAUUAUAACGCUCCCCACUGUUUACACGCUCGUCUGCGUCUGCUCGCUGCCUGUGAUCUUAUGGGCCUUGAUUUUGUUCAUCUUUUUUUUUCUCUAUCCUUUCAGCUUCGUCACCUCAUUUUUUUUCGCGUGAACCUUUCUUUGCCCCAUCACGCCCGACUACCA